AUGGCUGAACCCCGCCAGGACUUCACCGUGAUGGAUGAUCAUGCUGGGACGUACGGGACGGGGGAGAGGAAAGACCUCCCCUCUCAGGGGAGCUACACCCUAAUGCAAGACCACGAGGGUGACGUGGACCAGGGCUUGAAAGAGUCUCCCCUGCAGACCCCCGCUGAUGAUGGAUCUGAGGAACCGGGCUCUGAAACCUCGGAUGCUAAGAGCACGCCGACGGCAGAAGACGCGACAGCGCCCUUAGUGGAUGAGGGAGCUCCCGGCGAGCAGGCGGCCGCUCAGCCCCACACGGAGAUCCCAGAAGGAACCACAGCUGAAGAAGCAGGCAUUGGAGACACCCCCAACCUGGAAGACCAAGCCGCCGGACAUGUGACUCAAGAACCUGGGAGUGUCAAGGCUGUGCAGGAGAUCCUCCUUGGGGAGCCAGGGCACCAGAGAGGCGAGGCCGCCGACCUGGGCACCCCAGGUCUGCCCCGCCAGUACGCGCCCGGGGCCCCCAUCCUGCCUCAUGGCCCAAGGGAGGCCACACACCAGCCUUCAGGGACAGAACCAGAGGACACAGAGGGAAGUCGUCAUGACGCGGAGCUACUGGAGUACCAGCUUGUGGGAGAUCUGCGCCAGGAGGGGCCCCCUCUGAAGGGGGACCAUGGCAAAGAGAGGCGGGGGGGCAAGGAUGUCGAUGAAGACCGCGAUGUGGACGAGUCCUCGCCCCAGGACUCCCCUCGCUCCCACGUCGCCCCAGGUCUGCAGAGCUCCCCAGUCCGAGGCGGGCCACCCCCCCAGACAGUUUCCAGAGGAGCCACUGGCUUGUCCGGCUUCGCAGCUGAGGGUGCCAUCCGCCUCCCUGUCGAUUUCCUCUCCCAAGUUUCCACAGAGAUCGAGGCCUCAGAGCCCCCCGGGCCCGGUUCAGGGCCCACGGCGGAAGGGCAGGACACGCCCCCCGGGUUCACCUUCCACGUGGAAAUCAAAGCCAACGUGCAGAAGGAACAGGCACGUUCAGAGGUGGAUUUGGAAGGGGCUGCACUUCCCGGCCCCCCUGGAGAGGAGCAAGAGCCCCAGGGCCCUUCUGAGGGAGAGGACACAAAAAAGUCGGACCUUCCAGAACCGUCCGAAAAGCAGCCUGCAGCUGUUCUGCCAGGGAAGCCCAUCAGCCGGGUGCCUCAACUCAAAGCUCGCAUGGUCAGUAAAGGCAGAGAUGGGACGGGAGCUGAUGACAAAAAAGCCAAGACAUCCACACCUUCCUCUGCUAAAACCCUGAAAAAUAGGCCUUGCCUUAGCCCCAAACGCCCCACUCCUGGUAGCUCAGACCCUUUGAUCAAACCCUCCAGCCCUGCCGUGUGCCCAGAGUCAUCUUCCUCUCCUAAACACGUCUCUUCUGUCACACCCCGAACUGGCAGUUCUGGAGCAAAGGAGAUGAAAGUCAAGGGGGCGGACGGUAAAGCUGGAACGAAGAUCGCCACACCCCGGGGAGCGGCCCCUCCAGGCCAGAAAGGCCAGGCCAAUGCCACCAGGAUUCCAGCGAAAACCACGCCCUCCCCAAAGACCCCACCGGGCACCGCUACCAAGCAAGUGCAGAGAAAACCACCCCCUGCAGGGGCAAAAUCUGAGCGAGGUGAAUCUGGGAAAUCUGGGGAUCGCAGCGGCUACAGCAGCCCCGGCUCCCCGGGCACCCCCGGCAGCCGCUCCCGCACCCCGUCCCUGCCGACCCCGCCGACCCGGGAGCCCAAGAAGGUGGCGGUGGUCCGCACUCCACCCAAGUCGCCAUCUUCAGCCAAGAGCCGCCUGCAGACGGCCCCCGUCCCCAUGCCAGACCUGAAGAAUGUCAGAUCCAAGAUCGGCUCCACCGAAAACCUGAAGCACCAGCCAGGAGGCGGGAAGGUGCAGAUAAUUAAUAAGAAGCUGGAUCUUAGCAACGUCCAGUCCAAGUGUGGCUCAAAGGAUAAUAUCAAACACGUGCCAGGAGGCGGCAGUGUGCAAAUAGUGUACAAACCAGUGGACCUGAGCAAGGUGACCUCCAAGUGUGGCUCGCUAGGCAACAUCCAUCAUAAGCCAGGAGGCGGCCAGGUGGAGGUAAAAUCUGAGAAGCUGGACUUCAAGGACAGAGUCCAGUCGAAGAUCGGGUCCCUGGAUAACAUCACCCACGUCCCUGGUGGAGGGAAUAAAAAGAUCGAAACCCACAAGCUGACCUUCCGCGAAAACGCCAAAGCCAAGACAGACCACGGGGCGGAGAUCGUGUACAAGUCGCCCGUGGUGUCCGGGGACACGUCUCCGCGGCACCUCAGCAACGUGUCCUCCACGGGCAGCAUCGACAUGGUAGACUCGCCCCAGCUCGCCACGCUAGCCGACGAAGUGUCCGCCUCCCUGGCCAAGCAGGGUUUGUGA